GAUCCCGAGGCUGACAGCAUGCUGCUCCGCGGUACAGAGGACGGCACAAAGGAGCCGUCGCCCGAUGCUUCCUGUACAUGUCGCCGUGCUUUCAUGGCAUCUGGAGCCUUGACUCUGGCGUUUGCUUGCGGGGCCUUGGCCGUUGCCAUGGUUCUGAGAAGGGAGCCUCCGGCAAAGUCGGAGCAGCCCUUCAUUGGGCCUUUGCCACCAAUGCCUCACGACAGUAUCGACGAAGCCGACUACAAGUGGAUGCAGAACCCGGGCGUGGUCGAGAUGCCAACGAAACGUCAGCUCGGCGAGCUACUGAACACAGUCAAGGCGCUCUAUCCAGAUGGCGAAGUCUGGGAGCAGGUGAAAUACCUUGACAUCGACCACUCGGAUCCGAACAAUCUCAAGUUCGACUACAACAUGAAGCUUUUCAAGAACGCGACGAAGCUGCGAGAAGCAACGCAAGCUCCGAGAAGGAAGCUACAGCAGAACAUUGAGCAGGUUCCGCCCGAUGAUGUGGGGAAGCUGGACGUCAUGCGGCAGAUGCUUUGGGCCCUUUGUGCUAUCGAUGCCUCGCAGAUCAUUUCGAGCAUUGGUCAGGUCAUCAUUAACAUCCGCACGGUGACGAAGUCUUGCAAGAGUCCCUACCCCUUGGAUGCCGCCCAGCAGGAUUCCUGCGCAGCUAUGGUCCAACUGAACCUGGCGAUUUGGGGCUACAUCGCUAUCUACAUCGAGGAUAUGGUCAACUCCUGUGGUCCAACCUUCAAUGUCCAAGCCGGCUGCGCCAUCGACUUGACAGGCUUCCUGGCCAAUGCUGCCCUGGUCGGUGCAGCUGGAGCAAACAUGAGGUCCAGCUGCCUGCCCAAACACGGCUACUGG